AUGAAUGAGCUGAUCACAAAGAAGAGCGUUGGAGGUCAGUUCACUGGAAUCAGUUUUUCCUCGUAUGCCUUUGAAACUUCUUCCAAGAAAUUCGCAGGGCAGAUGCAACCGAAUCACAUUCAGCCUCAUAAUCGGAACUCGCGCUUAGGCCUCGGCCUCGGCCUCGCAAAAGCGAUCUGGGGAAAACAAAAGACAGCGAAGAAGUAA